UCAGGGUGGAUGGGAGGGAUGUAGCUGUCGAGUUGCUGCGUGUAGCCGAGUGUUUGUGUGAGCGAGAGUACGACUCAGACGGCAGCCUAGCCUCCGGUCCAGGUCCAGGUCCAGGUCCAAGUCCUUCAGCUCGCCGCCCGUCUACAGCUCCAGCUCAGCGACACAGGGAUGUUAGAGGGACUGUUAGUGGCAACAGCCAGCAGCAGAGGUCAGAAGGUGUUUUUAGUUGCAGACCUGCUGAGAAACUUCGAGUCAUGAGGACUGGUUCAUCACUGUGACAGACAUUCGCCAUUCGUCCUUUUUCUUAUUUUAUUUUGGAAUUAUAAGUUUGGAGCAGCAGGACGUGACAGCAGCAAUAGCAUUAUCUGUUCCUCGUGGUUGUAAAGAGGCAGAGAUGACGUCCCAGACCCUCUUCACCUCACUGUUUUUACACAACUUGACCCGAGGAUAACCAUCACCCCGCCCCACCCAUCUCCCCGCUGAAGCGCCACUUGUGGACCGACAAACCCUCCCGGACGCAGAGCCCCGCCCCCCGGGCCUCAGGCAGUAUGGGAGACGGGAGCUGGGUGUGUCUGAGCCCAGCCGAGUUCAGCCAGCUGCAAAAAUACAGCGAGUACUCCACUAAGAAGCUGAAGGAUGUGCUUGAGGAGUUUCACGGCGAAGGAGUUCUCUCCAAAUACAACCCGGAGCAGAAGCAAGACGUUCUGAACCAACCCAUUGACUACGAGGGCUUCACGCUCUUCAUGACCACGUACCUGGAGAACGACAUCCCGGAGGAGCUGUGUCAGCACCUCUUCACCUCCUUCAAGAGCAAGACGGGCGGCUGCUCCCCCGACCCGGCCCGGGCAGGAGCCAGCUUACUGGCCCGCUCCAUUGACGCAGGCAUCUCUAUUCAGACUGAAGUGGCCUGUGCCCCCAUCACAGGGAUGAACGGUAAGAGCAUCCUGUCGGCGAUGGGCCGCCACACGCCGGAGCACACGGCCGGCUCCGGGGCCACCACCUCCCCGUGCUCCUCACGCUCCUCCUCGCAGCGUUCGGGGACGGGGGCCCACACGCCCGGGGGGCCCCACAGAUCGCCCUGCGCCCAGGUCAGAGCCUCCGAGGCCAGCAGCAACGCCCUGACCCCCAAUGCCGGGCCGGCCCGGUUGCCGGUGUCACCCAAACUUUCUCCAGAGAGGAGCCGCUCCCGGAGGAGUCCGUCCCCGCAGAAGGUCUGCACGCUGCCCUCGCCACAGGUGGUCUUCCUCAAGGACAUCGUCUGCUACCUGUCCCUGCUGGAGAGGGGGACGCCCGAGGACAAGCUGGAGUUCAUGUUCCGGCUGUACGACACAGACGGUAACGGGGUCCUGGACAGCUCGGAGCUGGAUCGCAUCAUUAAUCAGAUGGUACAUGUGGCGGAGUAUCUGGAGUGGGACUCAACAGAGCUGCGACCGAUCCUGAAGGAGAUGAUGGAGGAGAUCGAUUACGACAGAGACGGGACCGUGACGCUGGAGGAGUGGAUCCGAGGAGGCCUCACCACCAUCCCUCUACUGGUCCUGCUGGGCAUGGAGACGAAUGUCCAGGAGGACGGGCAGCACGUUUGGCGUCUGAAGCACUUCAACAAACCAGCGUACUGUAACUACUGCCACACCAUGCUGCUGGGAGUCCGCAAGCAGGGACUCUGCUGCUCCUUAUGCAAGUACACGGUGCACGAACGCUGCGUGUCCAAAGACAUCGCCGCCUGCAUCAGCACCUACGCCAAGUCCCGCAGACACACCAACGCCAUGCAGCAUGUGUGGAUGGAAGGAAACUCUCCAACAAAGUGCGACCGCUGCCACAGGAGCAUCAAGUGUUACCAGGGCCUGACGGGGCUGCACUGUGUCUGGUGUCAGAUCACUCUCCAUAACAAGUGUGCUUCUAACGUGAAGCCUGAGUGUGAUGGAGGAGCGUUGAGGGACCACACGCUGCUGCCCUCGUACAUCUGCCCUGUUGUCCUGGAGCGCCACUCUGUGGUGAAGCGUGGCGAAGGCGAAUCUCCGCCCGGCAACAGCCCCGACGACAUCAACCAGACGUUCAAGUUCUCCCCCGGAGACGGACAGGCCCUGCAGAUCAGCCCGCUACCAGGGACCCACCCGCUCCUGGUCCUGGUCAACCCCAAGAGUGGAGGGAGGCAGGGGGAGCGAGUUCUGAGGAAGUUCAGGUACCUGCUGAACCCCAGACAGGUCUACAUCCUGGACCAGGGAGGCCCCAUGGUCGGGCUCAACUUUUUCCACGACGUUCCUGAUUUCCGGGUUCUUGCUUGUGGCGGUGACGGCACUGUGGGCUGGAUCCUGGACUGCAUAGAUAAGUUGAAUUUCACCCGGCACCCUCCGGUGGCCAUCCUCCCUCUGGGCACAGGGAACGACCUGGCACGCUGCUUACGCUGGGGAGGAGGUUAUGAGGGCGGCAGCCUGCUGAAGUUCCUCCGGGACAUUGAACACAGCACGGAGGUGGUGCUGGACCGCUGGAACAUCGACAUCGUCCCCGACGACAAGGAGGAGAAAGGAGACCCCGUUCCCUACAGCAUCGUCAACAACUACUUCUCUAUCGGAGUGGACGCCUCCAUCGCACACCGCUUCCACCUGAUGCGGGAAAAACACCCGGAGAAGUUCAACAGCAGGAUGAAGAACAAACUCUGGUACUUUGAGUUCGGCACCACUGAGACCAUUUCUGCUACCUGCAAGAAGCUCAACGAGUGCAUAGAGGUGGAGUGUGACGGGAUCAUCCUGGACCUCAGCAACACGUCCUUAGAGGGCAUCGCCGUGCUCAACAUCCCCAGCAUGCACGGCGGCUCCAACCUGUGGGGCGAGACGAAAAAGAGGAGGAACUACAACCGCAUGAGCAAGAAGGUUCCCGACAGGAUGCCGGCCAGCACCGUCACGGACGCCAAAGAACUCAAAUUCUGCAUGCAAGACUUCAGUGACCAGCUGCUGGAGGUGGUCGGCCUGGAGGGGGCCAUCGAGAUGGGACAGAUCUACACGGGACUGAAGAGCGCCGGACGCAGACUGGCUCAGUGCGCCAACGUCACCAUCAGGACGUCUCGGCGGCUGCCGAUGCAGAUUGAUGGCGAGCCGUGGAUGCAGCCUCCCUGCACGAUCAGGGUCACUCACAUGAAGCAGGUCCCCAUGCUGCUGGGCCCGCCGCAGAAGACGCCCUUCUUCUUCUUCAAGAAACGCAACCGGAGCCGUGACUAGGACACACAAGCACACACAUACAGUACACUCACACACACACAUAUAUACAGUACACACUCACACACACAUGCCCACACACCCCUCUGUACAGGCAGCUGAAGACUUUUCGCUCCCGGAGGAACCUGCAGCGACGAAACGUAAAGACUCGAGAUGAAGUAGCGACCUGCUCCUGCAGCCCGCCACCCUCUAGUCCCCAGACCUCCGCCCUGCUCAUGGAUACAGUUUCUCAGCCAUAAGCCCGUACUUCACUGCCUGCUAACACGCCUCAGCUGCAGGAUGUGGAGGUGGACGGGACGGAGAACACACUACAGACAGACAGAAGGAGAAGGGGUGAGAGUUAUCGUGGUUGUUUACAAGGCCGGAGAGUAAACAGAGAGAUCCUCCUCUCUGUUUACUCUCUGGUGGUUAAAACACCUGGAUGAAUAAUGAAACGGCGGCGGCUUGUAAGCCUCGCUGUGUGGCUGCGUGGCAUCUCCACAGACUGACAGCGUGCUGCAGCGGUUAGGAAGAGGAGGAGCCUCAUCCAUUAUUGACGGCUGGUGUUUGUGGGCAGCGAGGCGUCACGGCGGCCUGGAAAAGGUUUGAAACACGCCGCGUGUUUUAGCAUCACUGGCCCACAAAAACAGAUCCUGUAAAGCACAUUUUCCAGACAGGAGAUGAUCCGACUGCAGGAGCAGGAGGUUCCCGUUCGGCUCUGUGUGCAGUUAUCACCCGUUAGAUUAAGUCAGAUUCAGAGGAGAGGUUUCACUCUGACCGAGGUGUGGACUCCACUCAAACUUUAAUGACGAAAUCAAACAAGACUUGCAACUCGACUUGGACUUUCACAUCGAUGACUCCUGACUUUACUUGACACUUCUCCCCAAACCCAAAGAUUUAAAUGAAUGUUAUGAAGUGUUAACAUAAAACAAACAUAAAUUCUGUUAAUUUCCUCAACACAUCCCCAGAUCUACGUUUCAUUUCUCUGGACUGUCAUUGAUUUUCCAGCAAAAUACUAAAAAAGAAGCCUAAUAAUAAAUAAUCAAGUGCGGAGUGUUAGGGAUGUCUCCAAGCUGAUCGAUCCCUCUGAUCCGUGGUUUUUAUCUGGACGGUUACGUGUUGCUUAGUAAUCUAAAGCCAUGCUCAGACUGCAGCGGUUCUGCACGGCGUUCAAUUCUCCCGUUAUCCUGAGAUCAUGCAAGAAUUGGAGAGAGGAGACGAUGGCGGGAGGAGACGAUAGUGACGUGCGACAGAGCAGCAGCAGUGCUAACAGGCUAACAGUUAGCUCUGUAGCAGUACAGUGUGUAUGUGCUAACAGGCUAACAGUUAGCUCUGUAGCAGUACAGUGUGUAUGUGCUAACAGGCUAACAGUUAGCUCUGUAGCAGUACAGUGUGUAUGUGCUAACAGGCUAACAGUUAGCUCUGUAGCAGUACAGUGUGUAUGUGCUCACAGGCUAACAGUUAGCUCUGUAGCAGUACAGUGUGUAUGUGCUGCAGCAGCAUGUGUUCACUUAGCGCCCACAGUUUGUUUACAACAAGCACCGGACACUCUGUGUACAGUGAGCAAUGCCGGUUUGUUUACAAUAAGCGGCGGACGCUGUGCAGCUGAACAGUGAUUGGAUGACUGUUGGAAGGUGGGAGGUGUGUGUUAGAGGUUAUGGCCCUUCAUAGUGGUCCUGCUUCCAACAGUCCCACCAGUGUUCCUCCUCUGGGACCUCUGGAGGAACAUUGGUGGAUCAUUUGAUCCUAGCAUCCUGCUUCUGGCGCGUUCAUAGCGGAGACGAGACGUUACAGAGCCGUAAAUGUCCCGGCAUGAAUCAGCACUAUGAAAGGAGCUUCUCCAUCAUGUUAACGAAUAGGCCCACUUAGUUUAAACCAAUCUGACAGCAUCAACAGCUGAGAACCAAGAAGAAACGAAAGUCACGUUGCGCUGAAACGGCUUCACAUUAGACCAGGGGUUAAUCAUGACUUAACUAGGGCUUGGGACUUGUCAGUCUUGACUUGGGACUUGAGUACAAAGACUUGUGACUUGCUCUGACUUGGUCCCACCUCUAUCAGCUCCAUCCACACAGUGUGAGCAGCUCCUGAGCAGCAGGACGCUUCCACUGGGUCACAGAUUGAAAUAACCUGUGAAGGUUACGACAGCUCGCCCCCCGGAGAGUUUUAUUUACCGCGCUGUCGACAGGGAGCUAAAUUUAUCCGUCUAUUUCAGGGAGGGCCUCCAUGUCCUCCGAUGAAACCCGACGCCGUCUAAUUACCAUGUCAAACAUCAGCUCACGGUGUCGGAAAGCUGCAGAGUUCAGUGUUGAUAAGAAUGUAUCCAUAUGACUGUACGGCACAUUAUAUCCUACAUCGUGUGCAGAGAGAGUAUCUGUAUAUUUCUGAACGUAGGACUAGAUCACAUAUAC